AUGAGUUCAAACACACUUUCUGCUGUGUUAGAAAAGCAGAUUCGUCGUCUGUGUCUGAAUGACUUUCCUUGUGGACAUGGCAGCUGGAGAAAGACGAAAGACAGCACCGAUGGAGCAGAGACAGAGGGCACAGAUGUCCUCCUGGAUCUGCUGAGCUGCCCUCACUCUCCAUGGAGGCAUGAUGAUGACCAUGAGUCAUGGAGCCCACAAGCUCCAGCCCUGAGACAACUGGCUGUGGUCACACCUGAGUCUCUGCACAAUGACUUUGUUUACAAUUACUUCAGCACACUGCGUAUCGUAGACAAGGGUGUGUCGGUCAUCGACGAUGGCCUGUUGAAAUUCUCAAAGUUGCAGGAAUUGGUACUGAGUGCCAACAAAAUCUAUGAUGUCCCUGCAGAAAAACUUCCCAGCACUUUGAAGGUUUUGGAGCUACGUGCCAACCGAUUGGUUGCACUCAACAGUUUAACCAAUCACCCGUCUCCUCAACUACAGUACCUCGGCCUCGGCUCAAACAGCCUGGGUUCUCAUGAAGACGUUACUCAUCUUACAGGGAGACACUGGCCGCAGCUGAUAUGUCUGGAUCUGAGCAACUGUGAGUUUCAGUCCCAGGAAGCCCUGCUGAAUGCUUUGAGCACACUCCCGUGCCUCAGGACACUGGUGCUGGAGGGAAACCCCCUCACUCUUGUGCCCUCUUACCCGGGCUUUACUGUGGACAGUCUCCCACAGCUCUCCUGUCUGGAUGCCUUAUGGAUCUCCCCCAAGGAGAGACUUCGUUUUAGAGGCUUGGCCAAGAUGAGUGAUCUGAUAGCGGACUGGGCAUCAGCCACAGUGAGCGUGGGCAGGAUGAGAGGAAUCCCAGACCCAAUGAUGAGUGUGGAUGAAAACGCUCCUGACUUCCCUGUCAUCACCUACAGCUAUUUUGUCACAUAUGUGUUCUUGAGUCAUCAAAGACCUGUUAACCAGGUAACGUAAGGGAGGACAGGGUUGGUAGUCACACCAGCAGCCACAGAAGAUGUCUCCAGUGAUGUUGAGCUGAAGUCAAACAAGAUCUAGUCGAGACACAGCACAUCAAAGCUUCCAUGGUCAGAGUGCAUGGACUUCAGUGACACACAAAUAUUCAUUGUUAGCGAUCUGCAGAGCUUUAAGAAAUUCCUCAAUCAAGGAUUUUACCUUACGAUAGUGGAGGAAAAGGUCCUGUCAUGGCCUGCAGCUGCUGAGGACAAGAAAGGGGGGAAAGAGAAAGAAUCUCCAGUCAAAUCUGGCUCCACAAAAGACAAAUCUAAAGACAAAAAGAAGAAAUCUGUACCAGAGCUGGUCCACGAUGCCCCCGUCAGGAGAAUCCUCAGCUCUGUUCACGUCCCCCUGCAAAGCCUAGUAAAAGGGGGUCAAAAGGUGGAUGUUCUGUGUGACUUUGGUACACUGCACACAGAGCCCGAGGUGGAAGCUACGCCAACACUUGAAAAGACAAUCAAAGAAGACAAGAAGAAGGAGGAAAAGGAAUCAAAGCGGAGAGGAGGCAGCAGUACUGGACAGAAGAGCACAGCAGCUUCAAAAGGCAAAGGAAAAGGAAGAAAGGAACGCGAGUUGGAUGUCCACACAGACGACACUGCGUCCAUCCGACUGGAGCCAGUGACUGUGGAGUUGAGUGUGGAGCUGGAGAAAUGGCAGUCUGCAUCUGAAGCCAAAAAGCUCUCACAUCAAAUCUCCUGA